AUGCACUUUGCCUUUCCUCCGCGCAAGACGUCGCGGACUCCGCCAUAUGUCGCCGCAGCCAAUUCGCGCAAAUCCGGCGCGCUGCUGCCCCGGCGCAAGGCCAAGCAGCUCGCGCUGUUUGCGCUGAUCGCUCUGGGCUUCUUCUACCUCGUGCGCUCCAUGUUUGGUAGCAAUGCCAAUGGUUCGUCCAGCGUUGAAUUAGAGGAACCUAUACCCGCUGGGACACCGCCCGUGGUGCUGGUUACGACGUUCGUCGACGGCCUCUCCGAGCAGUUCAAAUCUGGUGUCAAGCGGAAUAGGGAAGCAUAUGCAGCCAAGCACGGCUAUGCGACAUUUUAUCCCAAUAAUUCCGACUACAACCUAGGGAGCCAGCCGGCGUCUUGGGGUAAAGUGCCCUCGAUGCGCCAUGCCAUGACCGUCUUCCCGCACAGCACAUUCUUCUUCUACCUCGACUACAACACCCUGAUUUUGGAGCCUUCCAUAAACGUCGAAACGCACAUAACGGACAAGAAUCGCUUGGAGGAGCUGAUGAUCGUGGGACUGCCGGUCGUGCCUCCGGACAGCGUGAUCACGACCUUCAGCCACCUGUCCGGCGACAGCGUAAACCUGAUAUUGACGCAGGACGCCGAGGGGCUGUGCCAGAACAGCUUCAUCGUGCGGCGCGGCGAGUGGGCCAAAUACUUCUUGGACGCGUGGUUUGACCCAUUGUACCGCUCGUACAACUUCCAGAAGGCCGAGGGCCACGCGUUAGAACACGUUGUGCAAUGGCAUGGCACGGUCCUCAGCAAGCUCGCCCUUAUUCCCCAGCGCAUCAUGAACUCGUACACGCAGGAAACCCACGGCAAGACAGACUCGUUGUACCAGGAGGGCGACUUUGUCGUGUCUUGGCCUAGCUGUAUUCGCGACAGGAAAGAUAAGUGUGAGGAGGAUAUGACGGCUUGGUUUGGCAUUGCGGAGUCCAGGAUGGAAGAGGCUUCGUGA